CUGUGGUGUCGGUCAGAUUGGGUGCGCGAACUUAUGCAUCGUUCGCCGGCAGUUACAAGUUCACCGUGAGUUAAUACAUAACAGGCCGCUGUGCUUUUACUGUUGUCAACCACGCAAAAAGUAUUUGACAGCAACAGUAUUUAUAAUCUACUACGGCAAUGACCUUGAUAUGGAGAACAGUUGAAGUGACAACGCAAGCAAACAGUAAAAAUGAUGGUGAAAGUGAUAACCGUUUCCAUGGCGAUGUGAUGUGCAACAGUGAGAGCGAAUUUCAGUGAAUCGCUUCGUAAUAUAUCCGUGUUCCCCCCCCCCCUAAAAAGUGCAGCGACUUGUUAAAGAAAUUGUCAUAUUUUAGAAGUGAUAACUUGGAUGACUUAAUUCGUAGGUCAACAGUGACAAGUUCGUAAUCGCUGCAUGGCUACCGUACUAUCGUGUGUCAAGUGAUAAAUCAAGUGCAAAAAAAAAAAAGAAUUUGAAGUCCGUUAAUUGUGAAAUCGCGUGUAUUUAAAAUUUCACAUAUGUGAAACUUUUCCACGCGAGUACUAACAACAAACUUGUAAUUUGAACACCGUAAUGGAACUGCCAUACUUAAAAGUGAACAAAUAAUAAAAAAAAAGGUAGUGUUGAAAAUGUCAGAAUUUUAUAAUUUAAAAUAAUGAAUUAAAGCAACAAGUGCGUGCAUCUACAGUGAAAUCCGAAAUCAUUAUCUUGUCUACAAUAUUUAAAAGUUGCCGUCGCAAACAUUUCGUGCCCAUUCAGUGAUCUGUCCCCUUCUUGUUGGCCACACAAGUUCUGUGGGCAUGCCACCAUGUCGGACGUGAAGUCAAAAUUGGUCCCAGCACCUCCAGAGCCUCCCCCAGCGCACAGUGCAUCUCUAACAUCAGGGUGCAGUUCGAGAUGGAGGCUGAGUAGUGCAAAGACAUCAGAGCCUUCGCCCUUGGACCUGUACAUCGAAGGUGGUGGGUUCCAUCAGCCGGUGUCCGCUAUGUUGAGCGGCUCGGCUGGGUCCCCAUUCCGGUCCAGUUCGGGGCACCGUGCACCUUGGCCCCCGCCCGCCCUGCAUGCCGCAGCGGAAGGAUUUGGCCGUUUUGCGGCGGGCGGGGGCGGAGGGUUAUAUUCUCUGUUUCCCGGGCCUGGAGGUGGCGGUGGCGCUACUGAAGCAAGUGCUGCCAUCUAUUCGCAAGCGACGAGUGCUGCGAGGUUUGCGCAUUCCGCUAAUACGUACCACAACUUCAUCGGUGCCCAUAAAGUUGCUGAUUCGCUGUUCUCUUCCGGGUAUACCUUCGGUGGACCUACUCCCCCACCCCCACCUGCUGCAGCGCCACCAUUUUCACCGGUUAGCCCCCUCGUUGAGCGGGGUAUAACUCAGCUAGAACUUAUGGCCAAAGGCUUUAACAACAAUAACAAUACCAACACAAACAAUAACAAUAUCAACAGUAACUUAAAUGGCGGUGUUAAUGAUUCGAGUACAACUAGCGUUCCUGUCGGGAAUAAUAAGAAAGUGGAAAACAAGAGACGAUCUGAAUGUGCGUUGUAUCAAGAAACAGUUGAGCGGCGGUCGCAACAGUCGGCGAAUGGGACCGGAAACAAGAGGAGGUGGGAGCGCGAUAACGGACAUGGGCUUCAUACGCCCCCUGCUGUGAAGAGUGAGGUUACAAGCAGGCCGAGCUGUGGCUGUCGCAGUAGUGCCUCCGUCACCACAAGUUCCCCCUCCCAAUUGGUUGUACGGAAUGGCAGUAGUCAACACACAAAUGGCGCCAUGGCGAGUUCUGACAACAAUGGCGUAACUUCAUUUCCGUUACAACAAUGCAGCGAGCGUAAACAUGAACAUCCAGAGCACUCUAGCGGAGAACGGAAGAAACACGAUUCGCUCAUAGCCUCCUCUGGUGGUUGCAGUAGGACCAAUCCUGUCUCAUUACGGAAUGGCGGAAGUAGCAAUUCUGUUUCGGACUGGCCGAAUGGCGGUCUGCUACAGAUCAAGAAGGAGCCAGUGAGCAGUUCUGGGGGGAGUUCGACCCCAUGUCUGCAGGUUGCCGAGGUCACAACCAGUAUCCGACCCCAGCAACAGAAUGUAGUGAGUACCGCAUCCGGGAUAUCAGCGCAGCCCCCUAUGGCGGCUAUUGUGAAACUGGAGGCAGCGCCAUGUUCCACAUCUCCAUGUAAUGGCGGUGUCAACAGUACUUCAGCAAAUGGCGGCGUUCCCAAGUCAAUGCAACAUCUCUCUACCAGUAGCAGUGCCAUCCCCGUGGGUAUCGCCGUCGCAAGGCAGCGGCUGCAGGACCACAUGCCGGCGUCGGGCACCAAACCAGACAUGAAGCCCCCACAAGCGGCUACAUGCAGACAACAGAAGCCGCUCGCCCCUGCGCCCCCAGAACCCCAGUGCAGUGUCGCAGAUCUCGUAGCAGCCCCAGCACCUCCGUCUCUCUCUGCAAUGGCAGUACUCCAGUCCCAGUGCGACGAGAGAUCGACCAAUGGGCUGGCUCCAUGGGCGGCGACUGCCAGUCAUAACCCCGCCCUUACUCCGCCCACAUUAUGGCAGUAUCCUGCUCAUGUACCAGUCCAGUUGGGUCCAACAGAACACCUGCCGCUUCCUCCUGUGGGGUAUCAGUUGGUGCGUGAUCCUAUCACAGGCCACUUCCUUCUGAUACCAGCCACCAACAUAGAACACCUUCAACGUGCAGUUCUGUGGCCAGGCUACCCCACGACCACAGCCACCGUACAACCAUCGCUUCAGGUUACUACAACGCAGCAACCGGCUACACAACACAUCCAACUGUUCGAACCAGCCGAGCCUCCUGAAUACCUAGCAGCGCCAGCGACCCGUAUCUUGGUGCAGCCACAGCUCACAAUCGCCACAGCAGCUGCCGCCACUGCUGUCACUGUGGCCACAGACACCAUCCAGGGUGUGGCAAAGCGCACCACCAAGCAGCAAGCCACAACCCUUAUAAAGAUUGAACCUGCUCAUGCUGUAUCUGAAUGUAAUGGAGGCACAACAACGGGUAUUGUAGUGGAUAACACCAACUUGAAGCCAGUGCACCGCAUGUCACCAGUCAGCACAUCCAGAUCCACAACGACAGAUGUUUCUGUAGCAACAAAUACAACCCCGGCACCCCAGACAGGCUCGAUGUUCCCCACUGGUGCAACCACAGCAACAACAGCACUUCAAGCACACUUCUACUAUGAGCACCACACCCAUCAUCCCACGGCAACCACUACUGCGGCCAUUGUACAGUUGUCGCAAACACCCCAGCCCUCUGCGUCAGUGCAGACUGAUAACGGGAAGCGGUCACAGGCAACAUCGCCAGUGAAUCCUGCCGAAACAUGCCUCACUCCUCCUCCCGAAACUACAACCAGCCAAUCAGAAUGCGAAGAUGCGAGUGCUAGCACAACAGCUGCUGCUGUGUGUGGUACAUUGGACCAGGGAAAUGUUCAGCAGCAAGCCCCUGUGACAGUGCAGGAUGCCAGUAAUCAGACUGAUACACCUCCUGUCAGUGAGGAUGAGAACUGCUGUGAGUCUGUGCCCCUCCAAGAGAAGUUGCACCCACAUGAUCUGCAGCCAAAACAGGAAGUACCUGAAAGCUCUUCAAGUGAUGUGAAACCACUUUGUAAUGAAGUGCCAUCUACAUUUGAAGCAAGACCACAUGAUGACAGUCAUGUAGUGGACUUGAGUGGGCUCGAACUAUUGUCAAAUAGCAUCGAACAAUUUGAAAACCAUCAUAUCCAUCAUAGUGAUGGAGUAAUAAAAGGUGACAACUCUUCGACCAGUGUUAGUGAAGUUUCUUCCCAUGUCCCAUCCAAGUUACAAACUUGUUCAGGCAGUUUAUCUGAUACAAAACCAGAAAUUCCAGAUUCACGACCUGCAGAUGAGAAGGCAGCCGAAACACUACAGAUGCUUUGUCAGCAGUCAGCAGUUAAUCAGAUGAAACCCUCAGCUGAGAAAUUAUCAGUGAGGGACGAUCUGGAGAGUACAUUUAAUGAUGAUGAAUCAGCCUUUGGUGAAAACUGUGAUAGCAAAGAUGUGAAUGCAACUUCCGGCCAGAUUUCCACGAGUAGUUUCAGUGACAGUGCAGAUAACAAUGCAGAGUGUGCUAAGGUUUUUGGUGAUAUGUGCUUAAACCAGGUUUGUGAGAGGGUAGAGACAGUGGCAAGAAGUUUGAAUGGGGGAACCAACAUGCUUGGUGGUCUCGGUUUGUUGUGCGCUUUGGCCGAACAGCGGUUUAUGGAAGAAGUUGCCACAACUACCGAGAACUCUCCAUCAACAUCAGAGUCUUCCGGGGUGACUGGUGAUGACAUCCAUAAUUCUUCAUCUCUGGAUCUGUCAGCCAAGUUGUUAGGAACUUCUCCAGAAGUUGCUGGGGCAGGUAUGGAUGUGAACCGUAAUUACAAAACGCGAAAGUCAGAACGGGAGUGUAAGAAAUUUAUUGCAAACAAAGUAAUGCAGUAUUACCAUCAUCACAGUGGCACGGGAAACAGUAGUGGGUCCAGCAGUCCGCAGCAUUGUUCACAGCAAAUGUUGCAAGCCCAACAAGUAGUGUCAUUGUGUGCAAGUCCGUCCUCGUCAUCAGCUGAGAUCAUGGAUGCCAUGGAACUCAAUAUGCGUAUGAAGUUAGCCGAACUACAGCGUAAAUACCGCGAAAAGCAACGUGAACUCUCUAAACUCACUCCCAAGAAGUCAUCACUUUCUGACGUCUCUUCAAACGAAGUGUCAGAUGUGGCCGUAUCUGCAAGCCCAGCAAAGAGGGGUCCAGGUCGACCGAGGAAAAAGUGCAACAAACUGUGCUUUGAUUCCCCACCGUUGUCACCACCUGGUGGUGCAGUCUUAGGAGCACCGAGACCCAGGGUUGGGCGGCCAUCACAGCUUAAAAGCAGAGAUGCGCAUGGGCUGGCGUCAGCUCGAGAAUUACCACCCCCAGUGCUUGAGAAGGUUACUGAACUGACUGCACGUCCACGUUCAAGAUUCGAUACUGAUGACGAUUGUGCUGCCCCCAAGUUGAAAGCCUCUAAACUGGAUAUAUUGAAACCACCAACACUAACAGCCAAUCGAAUCUUGACAUGUGCCAAAUUCAAACCAUCCGCAGUUGCUGGUAACAAUAAUAACAUUGUUACAAAGGGCCUCAAACUUCCACAGUGUAACGUUAAUCUGGUGAAACUUGCAACGAACCAUCAAGGGAAUGUCACGAAGGUGAAGGAUGCAUGUGGAAAGCCAGGCAAUGAAUCAAGUGGCACUUGCAAGAGUACUGGUGCCUCCCUGUCUGUACCGACAGGCGAAGGUAGAAGUAAACAUGGGAGUAUCACAUCAGUAACAGAGCUCACUGUUGUGGAUAAACAGCGGAGUGCCUUGUCCAAUCCAGCCGGCCACACUUUUGGCUGGAAACCCCCUGCACACCUCACCCUCAUGUCAGGAGAGAAUGAUCCCUUGUUCUGGUUCAAAACUGUGGCAAGCAAAUCAGCAAAUGCACCGAAAUCACAGCAACAUGGAACCAAUUCUCCAUCUCUUGAGAUCACAGAAAGCCCCAAGCCAAAGCUGUCUCCGUCCCCACCACCUCUCUCACCCUCUCUCCCUCCUUGUCUCUCAUCAUCGUCAUCAACCUCAUCGACAUCGUCGUCAUCGAAAAAACGGAAAGUGGGUCGGCCAAAGAAACACUUCUCUGUGACAGGUCGAGAAAUUGCAACAGAGACCAUAGUUGCAAAAAAACCCAAGUCAAAGAGCAGUCUAGUUGGGUUGUUGCUCUCCAAGUCUCGACAUGCGAAACCCCUCCAUAUGAAACCUGCCCAUUCAUUAUCUCAUAAACCUGUCAUAGAUUCUCAUGGGGACAGUUCGGUUCCAUCUUACAGUAGCAGAGUCAUUGCAUCUCAUAAAUUGAAUGGAAAUUCAUCAGGCAGCACAAGUUUGUACCACAAGCCUCUGUCGAACUCCAGUAGAAGUAAUGCGAACAAUUACUCAGACAGUGAGACCAAUGGUUUUACUAAAGUUAGUGGAAUUAGUGCUGGAAAUGAACGUGAGAGCAACGGAGUCAUGUCUAAGGCAAGUGGAACGUGUUUGACAUUGACGGAGAGGAAGCCUAAUAAGAUUCGUCCAAAACUGAAAGCAGAGGCAAAAGUGAAGACAUGGUCAUGGUGUGAGGAUGAAGAUGCAGUGCCGAUGGAUUGGCCUGGAAGCAAGGUGAAACCUGUGGAGCCAGUUACCACACCCCCUGCACUGCUGAGCCAGACGUGUUGGACAAAGAAAUCGGAGGUUAAGAUGGAGAAACCUGCGGCGAAAGCACCCACGACAUCUACAUCAGAAGUCUCUCGGUCCAGGAAACGAAAGUCUGCUAGCAAUGACUCAAAGCUGGUGACAGUAGCAGUGACCUCUACAGCUACAGUAAUGACUAGUGGCUUGAACACAUCUACAGUCACUACCACGACAGCCACUACAACAGCUGCAGUAACAACAACAACAACCACAACAACAUCAGCAGCAGCAGCAACAACAACAACAACAACAACAAGUAGUAGUAAACCUUCAAAAAAGGCAAAACUUGUUCGGGAGAGACGUGACAAGCACACGGCUGAUGGGCCUUCUCCGGCAAAGAAGCAGAAGAGGACCAGUCCAAGCUUUGGGCAAGGGACAGCCAGCAGUGAAAGUGAGGACAUCCCCCUUAGCAUGCUCAGCAAGCAGACCACAGCUGCUGUGCCCUCUCUGUCCACAGCUUCCUGUCAGUUGACGCAGGAACACCUGAACACCGAAAAGCAGCGUGCACUGACUGUUAUUUGCGGGCUCUUCUAUGCUGGAACCCUGUCAGGAAUUCAGGCUCCAGACAUAUAUGGGAUCACGCUGGACGGGGAGAGAGGGAACAGACCCCAUAUUUACCCCCGAGAAGAGAUCCUUCAGAAUACUAUCAUUGAGGUUCGGCCGACUAAUAUCAGCGAGCUGACGCCUGGAACAAGAGUGUGUGCAUAUUGGAGUCAGCAGUAUCGGUGCCUUUACCCCGGAACAGUGGCGCAGCCUUCGUCUCCAGACCCAGAAUUAGACUUGCAUUUUGUUAAUGUUGAAUUUGAUGAUGGGGAUAGUGGCCGCAUCAAUUUGGAUGACAUCAGACUCUUACCUGCGGAUUACCCCAUCGUUGAGUAUAAUCAAGAGCCAGCUUGGGGCUCAGGCAAGCGUAGACGAAGAAACUCUGGUGCCAGCUGUGAGAGUCGUUCAAAAGAUAGGAGAGCAAGUGCUGAAACAGCAAAUAGCGCAAAGAGUGCAGGAGCUACACAAAAACAGGUGCGUCAGACUAAAGAAACCACACCAGCUGCCGAUAAAAAUACUGCAGAGAGUUCUGAGAAGAAGCAGCAGCCGGUGGCAGCUAGUCCUAAAGCUAGCCCCGCAGCCAAAAACAACAGUAAGGUGUCUGGCGUUACAAGUGCAGGGAAAACAAAUGUCACCAGUUGUACAGCUGAGAUUCCGAAAGUGCCAAUGGACAAUGAUGUAACAGGAAAGACUGAGUUGAGUGAUCGAAGUAGCAGCAGUACUAGCGACCGUGAGAGAAAACGUCUAAAGAAGAGAAGAAGGGAGAAACUGAAGCGUCUGCUGGCUUCUGCGACAGGUGAAAGUGGUCUUACAGGAGGACUGAAGAAACAUAGAAAGAAACAUCGAUGUAGUGGCGGGGAGGAACGCUGCAGGCACAAGCGACACCACAAGCGGCAUCGGAAACACCGCCAUCGAAAUCACAACAGCAGUCGCAAUAAAGAUUCAAGCAGUGGCUCAUCCUCAGCUGAUUCGGGAUCUAGACCAGGUCUUGCCGAUGGUGAUGCUCUGUCAAGGCUCUCUCCAGUACUGGAGCAGCUUGACAUUUUGGAGAUCCAGCAGACAGCAAUAAGACAGCUGACCACAGAACAGGAAGCUGUAGCAGCUUCAAGUACCGUGGUUACACCUCCUGUUACAACAGUGACUGCCACACAGAACACAAAGGCAGGUGGUGCACAGUCAACGGUGGUGAUCGCUGAUGCUGAUGGUUCUGAUACUGAAGCUGAGCAGGAAGAAGCAGCUGAUACAGCAACAGAUGUACCAAAACCAACAGGCAGUUCUGUCACUUCCACAACAGACAGCAAGAAAGCGAAAAAAGAAAAAGAAGUCGUAAAACCAAAGAAGGGACGAGACAGGCAGCCUUCAGUAGAGAGCCGAAGUAAAAUGGCAGCUUUUUUGCCAGCUCGACAACUUUGGGGUUGGUCGGGACGGGGAUUUAAGCGGCCAGGGGCAAAGGGUCGGGGUAAAAAGGAAUUCUAUAAAGCAAUUCAACGUGGAAAGGAGACUAUUAGGGUAGGCGACUCUGCCGUUUUCUUGUCAACGGGCCGCCCUGACCGACCAUACAUUGGUCGCAUUGAAUCCAUGUGGGAAUCCUGGGGUACUAAUAUGGUAGUUCGUGUCAAAUGGUUCUACCAUCCAGAGGAGACAAAUGGAUGUCCUGCUCAAUUGCAGUACCCAGGGGCACUUUUCGAGUCACCACACGUUGAUGAAAAUGAUGUGCAGACAAUUUCACACAAAUGUGAAGUGCUACCACUGGAGGGCUACACAGGUCGGCUGGGCUCAGAACCGCAGCGCUACUCCACUGUAUAUGACAAUAAUGACGUCUAUUAUCUUGCUGGAUAUUAUGACCCUACAACAAGUCAGCUGACAUUGGAACCGGGUGUGGUGUAACAGAUGUUUGUGCAGCUGUUUUCAGCAAUUAGGUAUGAAGUAGUAUGACCUGGGAUAGCCCAGUCAUUGGCAGGCUGUGGGCCGAACAACCUGGAUUCUGCAGGAAGCAGGAUUUUUCUCUUCAUCACCAUGUCCAGAGAUGAUAUGAAGGCCAUCCAGCCUCCUGUCAAAUGGGUACCAGAGGUUUUUUCUCCAGAGCUGAAGUGGCCAAAGCGUGGAGGUGACCAUUCAACUGUAACUACUAUCAAGAUUAAGAAUGAAUGUUGCUAUGUCUCCCUUCACCCAUAUAUGUCUUGAUGGCAUAUUGCUUGAUUAAGCACAGGAGACAAAUUUCACAGUGAAACAGUUUUGGUAUUUUUGAACAGAAUCUCCUGUUUUCAUCUUGUAGUCCUCCAUUUGUGCAGAGCGACUGCUUUCCUUAUACAACUCUUUAUUGACCGUCGCAACACAACAAACAGAAAAAAUCAGGGUCAGCGCCCAGCCAUGUUUCGCUAAACGUUUCAGCCACUGAUGGCCAUCAUCAGGCAAACACAUAUUAACAAACAUAUACCAUUGAACUGCAGUGCAUUAGAUUGGAUACAAUG